AUGUUUGCUUCUUCAAAUACUUCGACUCUGCUUAAUUGUAUAAUCAGAAUUAUCAGAAGCUGGCUGCUCUGCAAAGCUCCCCUUUUCAAUAGUGUUGGCCAAUCACUUGUUUUCGCUGCAUACCUCCUCAUAAACGUGGCUCUCACGCUACAAAACCUUGAUCUUGAUGUGGUUCACAAUUGGGCAAAGCGCCUGGGUUGGAUAACCACGUGUAAUAUCGCAUUUAUUACCUUCCUGGCUUUGAAGAAUACCCCACUCGCAUUUCUUAGUUCAUACUCUUACGAACGUUUGAACAUCUUGCAUCAAGCUGCUGGUUACUGCACAAUUAUCUUCACGAUAUUCCAUGCCAUCUUCUGGAUCUGGGCUGGAGCUGAAAGUGGCUCUUUACACAUAUUCCUCGAGCUUGACAAUAUUAUGGGUAUUGUUGCAGGUUGUGCAAUGCUUGUUAUACUUUUCACAGCCGGGAUCCUUCGCCACUUUAUAUAUGAAGCCUUCUAUGUCACCCACAUCACGAUGUUCAUGUUGGUUCUGAUAGCCGCUGCAAUGCAUCACCCAGAUCUCAGCAGCAAGUCAACCUAUAUUACAAUCUUCGCAGCAUGCAUAUGGUUCUCUGACAGGCUACUUCGAGGGGCUCGGACUCUGUGGUACUCAAUGAGCAACCGUGCAACAAUUCAUGCAUUACCACUUGGGGGUGUUCGGAUUAUCAUGCGACGUACUCCAUGGAGAGCAGUUCCGGGUAGCCAUGUUUUCCUUUGGAUACCUAAGGCUAGAGCAUCGGAGACUCACCCGUUCACAAUCGUUUCGACCAACCCUCUUGAGCUUGUCGUCUCACCACAUGAUGGCUUCACGAGAGACUUGUCCUCUCUUGCUUCUUCGAUCCCAGGAAUCUCUUUGAGAGCUUCUUGUGAUGGUCCAUACGGCACACUGCCCAAUUUUGCACUGUUCAAUCAUCUUGUCCUACUUGCAGGGGGCAGUGGGGCCACGUUCACAUUUGGUGUUGCUCUUAAUCUCAUUCGAAAGAUGACAGGUGUUAGAAUGAGACUAGUUAUCCAUUUUAUUUGGGUCGUCAGAGAUAGUGAAAUGCAGAGCUGGUUCGAAAAGGAGCUUGCAGAACUAUCCGCAUGUCCAGCAAUGAACCUUUCCAUAUAUGUCACUGGCGCUGGCAAUACAACAACGAAUCCAAAAGAUACCAAAGAAGACUCAGAUGCGACGAUCACACAAGCACAGAAUCUUGAGAACUUGAACACCGAUCCUGAGAAAUUGGAACCGGACACACAUUCUCCAUCCACGUCCGAGUCGGCUCAAUCGACUUUGCCUGUCAUCCUAGGUCGGCCUGAUAUCAAUGCCAUAGUUCGAUCCAUUGUGUUUGGUACAGAAGAGCAAGAAAGAACCAUCGUUGCAGCGUGUGGACCCAAUGGCCUUAUGCGAGACACUCGAGCUGUUGUUGGAGAUCUAUUGGUAACUUCUGGAAGAAGUGUCGAGCUGCACUGUGAGCAAUUCGGCUGGUAGGAUAUCGUUGAUGGCUGCUUGGUUGGAGUGAUGGAGUUGAAUGUAUUUGUUG